CUACUGGAGUUUUAAAAUAAAAAAUAUAAAAGCAAAAGUUGCAAAACAUAUGAAAACUGAAAAGUGUCAGGUCUGUAGUGAAAGUUGUAAAAGAGUUCCAUCUACUGUAAAUAAUAUGACUUCGAUCGAGGUAGAUUUAGCAUGUGUGAUUUUGCGCCAUAAGUUUGGUCAAACGGAAGCCGCGGUUGGAAGAGUGCUGUUGGAGAAUGGAGAAAUGUUGAUCAGUGACAUACAUCGACGAGCAGGAAAAGUUCUCCCACGGGCUCGACUUUCUGAAAAACCGAUUGAAAAUAUUUUGCACAAGUUUUAUCAAAAUGAUCUCCUUGCAUUCAAUUCGUAUCCGGAGUUAUCAGAAGAGGAGCCAUUUAUCAGCAUGGAUCUGAACAGGAUCUUCUACUUCAUCAUGGAACCGGCUCUUUGCCAAGCAGCUGAAGAAAUACUGGGUGAGGCCGCUGCGCAAGUGCUGUCGGUCAUUUUUGCGUUUGCUUCUGCUACGGCAGUGGACGUUAUUAAAGAGCUGGAGAAAUUAAAAGGAACUUCGGAGAUGUGGAUGGUGGAAUUGCGCCUGUUAGUCCAGGCGCGAGCAGUCGUGGUUUUUGAUCCGCUGAAGAAACCGAGCGAUGAAUUGUUUCGAAUUGAUCCUGAUGCAGCUGCGCGUAAGCAGUCUUGGACUAGCUACGUGUUGAAACCCAAUUAUCACAGGCUCUUUGUGAUUUUUUUGUUGCAUCUCAUGCGGAAUCGAUUGGAAAAUGAUUCAGCCGUUCAUGCAGGUCGGGAAGUUUUCCUUGGGCUGUGUCGUGCAGCGAUACUCAGUACGCCGCGAAUAGAAUUUUGCUGCGACGAGUCCUUUCAACCGGUUACAGGGGAGCUUGUGUUUAAUUCCCUGCCUGACAAUGUAAAAGACGGCUACGACCUGAGCAGUGUCGUGCAGAAUCUCACCAUGUUGGCCAGUCAUAGCGAUGGAUUUCUUGGUGUUGCUGGAGAAACUGGUUUCGUUUUGAAAGGUGCCAGAUUACUGGGUGUGUGGUCAGAACAGUUCCUUUAUGACGUUUUGCGAGCAGAGCUACCCAAAGUUCAGUUGGCCAGAACGGUGAUGCACUAUCUGAUAAGAAACCCAAAACCGUACGUACAGCUCAGAGCCUUGGAAAGCGAAUUGUUUGCCCACACCAGUCAACUUCGGUUUGGUGUUAAUGAAUUGUGCCGACUGGGAUAUAUUGACUUGAUGGGGACAUCUCAUGUUGCACAGUUCGAACCGGGGCGUACGGAACACUUCCUUUUUGUGGAUCUUCCGCGGCUCUACCGACAGAAAAUAUUAUAUGAACAGUGCAAAUCCCUGUUGCGGAAUUUUCAUUCGUUAAAAAGGUUCAAAGAUAUGGAAUACGGUAUUGAAUCUGGGAAUACUUCGCUGACACAAAUGAACCACGAAGCAGCAAGACAGUUGCUGGAUACGCAUGCCAAAAUGGAACUGGGAUAUUUGGAUUGCUUCAUAUUUUCGGUUAUUUACCUUCGGGCUACCCGUACAAUACUGCAAGAGCAGAUUAGCAUAGAGGCAAACACUCUGGUGGAGUUUUAUAACCGGAACAGCAUUCCUGAUGAUUGAAUACGUACACAUCUGACUUUCUCUCGGAAAGUUGUUGAGUGUAAAUUGUUGUCUGUUUUGAAAUCUUUUAUGAAUAAUAAUAAAGCGUG